GUUGUGUUUUGGUUUUUUUUUUUUUUGCAUUUUCACAUCUAGUCCUAUACAUAGAAUUUUUCCACAGUGAUUGUAUAAAAAAUGAUUUACUGACACUGAUUUCUUUUCUUAACUUUGAACUGUAAGUUGAAGACUUAAAGUUGUCCUUUAGUGCUAGAAACUGCUUGUAACAGUCCCAGUCAUCUUUUUUCCACUAAGCUAGUUGAGCAGGUGUUGUCUUUGUUCUGUCCAGAUACUUUCAUGGUCCCCAUCAUUGCAUUAUUUGAGUGCCUCCCAAGUACUUUCCUGAAAACAUCUUGCUGGGAUAGGAAAAUAUUACUAUCCUUAGUUUGUAGAUGAUCAGCUGAGAUACUUGGUGGUCUGCCCGCAGCCAAGCUUGAAAUCCGUGGGAGAGUUAAGAAGAAAACCUGCAGGCCUUGCUCACUGCCUUUACUAACAGACAAUGCUGCCUUCUUUUUUUGCAGCAGCUGUGAACUUCAGUUGUGUGUUUAUUAGAUGAUGUUGACAUUUCCACAUCAAUUGGUUUCAAGUUUUGCUACUGCCUGUUCUUGUAUGUAGCUUUUUUGUUUACUUUGUUUUAAAAUGGCAGAAGUAGUACUGGAAGCUCUAAACUUCUCACUCUACUUAUUUCCCAUUGUAUCAGAAGAGGACAGGAGGACUAUUACUGGUUUGCCAUCUGAUUGAUAAGUAUUUAGAAGGGGUGAUCUGCAGCUGGCACAUGUGCUAAAAGUUGAGUAAAUGUGAGUAAACUGGUACCAGUAGUUAAAGGUAGUACUAUAGCUGUACAAAAAUACAGGAUGCCCAUCCUAAACAGAAGUUAUUUGACAGCUCCAACUUUGAUUUCUGUUGGUCCUGAAACUGACUUCAAGAAUGCUUGAGUUUCCCUUUAGCCUCAUCUACCUUUCUACUGCAUGUUUAGUUCUUUGAGGUUAGUGAAUGGUCUGACUUUUCAGAGCUGGUGAGUGCUUGCCAACUCAUACUGAAUUUGGAAGACCGUCCAAGAGGCCAGUUGCCCUCCAUGAUCUCGCUGACAAAGGAUCAUCAGCAUCUGAGAGAAUGGAAUUUCAUGUCAAACUAGAAACUGGAAUGCGUUUUUAUGACCAAGUCCUAUUGUGUAGCAGGUGUGUGCUGGUGUGAUGUGAAAUACAGUCUCUAACACGACUACAGGUUUCUGGGCUUGAUGCAGAAUUACAGAGUCAAAUUGUAAGGAUUCUGUUACGCAGCCUGUCACAUGAGGUAAGACCAGAAGGGAUUUUGAUUUUUAUGAUUCAAAUUUUGUAGGAUUCUGGCUAAGCUCAGACCAGUGUCUGUUGGCUUCCAGAAAAGAAUGACUGUUCUGUGUGUGAUACAGAACUGUAACACUAUAGCAUUGAACUGGCUAGUGGUGGUGUAACAAUGACCUUGUACAAGGAGCAUCCUACUCAGGGGAGCUGGAAAGCCAGUCUAAUCUGUCUUAUUAUAUUAGGCCUCCUUCUUGCAUUUAGGAAUGAAUAGGUUCCAGACACAACGUGCUGAGCUGUUGCUGGUGCUCUUUUUUAGUAAGUAAUGAUCUUAGAAAGUAGAACUUAAGUCUUUUAAUGUGUUUUCCCUUACCUAUUUAAUACCAGUGAGAAUAAUCUUGUGUUUCACAAAAACUACAAGUUUUUAGUUUCCAGCAUCCUGCAUAACUGGUGGUUUCUCUGAAAAGAGUUGAACAAUUACUUGGUAUAGAAAAACAUCUCUACAGCAGUUCUCUGCAAAAAUCAAAGGUGAAGGUGUUAAAGCCAGACAAUAAAACUUAGAUCAAAGUAGCCAGCAGCAGUGGCCAGGAAAGGAGCAGAUUGUCCUUUAAGCUUCACUGUGUUGUGUAAGGUGUUACCUCUCUUUCUCUAAUCAGAUUUCAUGAGGAAAGCAAAGCUAUUCUUUCCUGAUGUAAUUCAAUCGGGGCCCUCAGCUGGAUCAGCAGGAAAGGCACCUGCUUUUCUUGCUUUAGAUUUGGUUGAUAUACCCCAGUUUUUGAUAGGAGUUGGUUAAUCCAUAACCCAAGCAUGUGGCCACUGUAACACCUGCCAUGCAGGUGAGCUUUUAGUCUUGUUAAUAUACAAAUAUAGUGUAGAUUUUUGUAUUAACCUUGCGCACAUACACACCCAGUGUUGAUUGUCGUAAGUAGGAGAAUUUAAUAAAAUGAGAUCAUAAAUGUCUAAUGUACUUUUUGUUGGGCAGUAAAGUUGCCCACAUGUUGUAAUUGAGGUCUGAAGUUAACUUGCUUGCUGCGGCCUCUCUAGGGUAGAUUACUUAGGCUAAUAGAGCACCUGGAAAAAAUGCUUUUCAUGCUCUGCUUUUCCUCCUGUUUUGUCCACUAGCCUGAGCUCUGCUUUGGGUUGGUGCCCACUGUAAUAUCUAUUGCUAUCAAACUCAGCACUCGAAAAUUAGGCACACGUUGGAAACAUCUGCUUGAUUGAGACCCUCCACAGUUACUGUUAAGCUUUUGCCUCUGACAUUCUCCUAAGUCCUUGGUUCUCUUCUUGUCUACUGAGUGAUCCUGAUACAGUCCUUUGGAGGUCUGUACAGCAGACUCCUGUACUUCCUCAUUGUGCAGAUAUUGAGAAGUCAAGCGUGGGCUGAAGGUUCGGAUUCAGGCUUAAAUUUUAUGAAACUCACCAACAUUGUAUAAGUGACCACUGUGAAAUUUAGAUCUGGAGCACCUUAUAUUCAGUUCUGCCCCAAAGUUUCAUGUAUGUGAUUUCUGAUGUGCACUGGGAGGUGUUACCUGGCUUUUCACCAGAACCUCAUGAGCAGGUGUUUGGGGAGGACCGCAUCCAAUUUACUAAAUAAGGAAGGGUUGAAUUAAAUCCCAUAUAGAUAAGGUGGUGGUACAGAUAAAAAGGGGUUGUGACCCAUCAAUGUUUCAUUGUGUAAGAAGGAAUUUAACAAGAUUUGUGCCAACUAUGUUAUGUUACAGCUAUGUUAUCUGUGUCCAGGAGCAUGUUGGUGAGCUAACAGCCUUACCAAGCAACAUCUCAGGGCAGUCUUUGCUCUAGAAGCAGCACGGACAUGUAGAGGACCUAAGGCUUACCUUUAAUGAUAAAAAGAACUGGGGCCAUUUGCAUACAGGUGAAGAGAGGAAGUGAUGUGCCAUGUUCCACAGAGGCCAAGACACCACAGAUAUCCUGGCUUCUGAAUGUGUGGUAAAAACAGAAAGAAAAAGCAGCUCCUCCAGUGUUGUUUCCUGCAAAGACCAUUCUUCAGAGCUCGUUGGACAGCGCAGGGCUCUUGAAGUGAUAGCUAAUUGGUGAAAGAAAGGCCCUGAUUGUCUUGAGGGAGCUGGAAAGUGCUGCGUGUGUUGCUGAAAGGGACUAGGGAGAAGGUGCCUGGUUUCGCCAAGCAGCUGCUGCUGGAGAUGUUUGGAGAUUACAUCAGCAUUGGAAAAAAGGGGCAAAAAAAAAAGAGAAGAGAGAAGUCCAACUUCACGGAGACGGAGUUUAUGGAGGGGUUUUUUGCCCUUCCAAAGGUCUUCUGACAAUACUGUCAUUGUCAAUAUAAGAGUUGUUAAUUCUUUAUGAAUAGCACAUGGGGCCUCUUGACUAAAUAGUACAUGUCCCAAAUCUGUCAGCUGGACUCUUCUCUCACAGGCUAGUGAGAUCACUUUGAUUGGAAUGCUACAGGAAUUGCUGGGCUGGCCGCACAGAACUGAAUACUGCAUUUAUAUAAUUAGAUCUCCCAGAUUUUUUUAUUUUGCAUUACCUCAUUAUUCUAGCUUAAAUAUGGAAUCAGCCCUUUUGAUGAUUUUACUGGUUGUCAUUAUAUUAAUACGGUUCAUUUUGUGGUCCUGUCUUAGCGUUUAUAUAGAUUACAAACUGUCCCGAAGGUUUCCUGACACAAGAAAAGAGGGCUAAGAGACUUCAAAAGGCUUGUUGGGAUUUGAAUUGACAAUGGGGGGAACUGAAUAAGGUAAAUGGAGCUAGAGCAGAUUUUACCUUGGGAUCUGAUGAGAGAGAAAUGACCUGUUGAAGCUGCAACUGAAGUGAAAAUUCUUCAGAAAGCCUCAUGCUGACAGAGGGGAGAAAAACGACAACUGAUUGAGUCAAAUGACUUCCUAUCAAACUUGGGCAUGAAUUUUUUGUUGGGAACAGACUUGUGGACGUGUGCCAAUUAAAUGCUCUGGACAAGCUGGAGGGAAUCCUAUUGCUGGGCAGUCCAAGACUGCCAGUGGCCUGGUCUCGAUCUGUGGCACGUGAUGGUGUGCUGCCUGCUGGACCGACUGCUGGUAUUGUCAGCUGCACAGCCUGCCUGAAUGCAGCAACUGACAGUUCCUGAAGGAAGCUGAAGAUCACUGGUCAAGCUCAGCAGCCAAGUGCCACUCCGUGGACUUGCAGGAGUGGAUUUUUACCUGACUGGCUGGUUCGUUACCAAAUUUCUCAUGGUUCCUCCUGAUCAGUUGGAUCUGAAGCUGACUGAAUGUUUUGAACUGACUCUGACCUGCUAAAUAUUUACAUUUUUUAGCAAGUGUUCUGUCUGAGUGCCAGAAGGAGCUGGAUACCAUUGGAAUAGUCUUUUCCAUGAAAAACUUAUUUGUGCCGUAGAGAUUGUCUGACUCUAGCUGUGCUUCAACAGCAAGGUGGGCACUUGACAGCAUGUCAAUGCAGUGAGUUUUGACUCCAAAGCCUUGCAAGGUACCUUCAUUUCUAGCCUUUAGUAAGGAGCUUACUAAGACACCAAAGGAUUUGGCUACUUGCUGAAGGCCAUAAUGACUUAAGAUAUUUUGGUUAACUUGUCUUGCAAAAUUCAAGUUCCAAGUGAACUGUCUGCUUUCAAAUAGAUGUUAUACUAAGUCAAGCAUCCAAAAAUCUUCCUGCAUAUACAACUCAAUUUAACAUCUGCUUUUAAGAACUGUAUUUUUCUACAGUAAAAGUAGGAAAACUGUAUUGCCUUGCAUGAGAAAUGCAGUGUCCUUGGCCCAGUCGCCUUUAAAACAUAUUUACAAAAAUAGAGUCCUUUUUGGGUGGAUAAUUUUGUGUGUCAUCUAAGUGAAGGUUGCUGCUUCAGAACCUGGCUUCUAUAUUUCUUGGUAGCUCACAUGAUGACAUCAGAGUUUAGCUUGGGUAAAAACCUGUGUUUCUGGCCCAUUCAUGACUCACACUCCUACAGGCUUGUCUUGUUAGUAACUGUUAAUCAGCCCUUAUCGCUUUGUCUUUUGAAGCCUCCUUAAAAUUCAGCCCUGAUAACUGGUAUGUGUUUAGGCUGUGGAACAGCCUAGUGUCAGGUCAAUUGAUUUCAGCCUUGGAUUUUAUUUAUGGUGGAUGACCAAUCUACAAACCAGCCUGUAAUGCCUGAAGAUGCAUGUCAUUGACCUGAAAUCGAGCCAGAUAACAAUAAAUUAAAUGUAGAUGUAAUUAACCCCCUUAUCCAUUUCUGUGGUUCUUAAUUUUAAUGAUGAUUCUGUCCUUUUUUUUUUGUCUCCCAGCAUCAGCAGAACACAAGAGGAAAGCGAAAUGUUGUCUACUUGAUGUGUAGACAUACCUCUGAUAAUAAGUAGCUGGAAAAACAGGCAGAGUGAUUAAUUUUUCUUCUUUUUUAAGUUAAUCAUUGCUAUUCUUAGCUGUUGCAUGCAAAACGAAGCUUGUACAUAAAUCGAUAGUGUCUUGAAGAAGCAAGUCUUUUAAUCCUUUAUUUCAAUAAUGUUGAAAAUAUGUUUGACAGUGUUAUAUAUUGUUUAAAAAGGUGGAAGUAAUAAGAAAUGAUACAAUUGUGGGUUAAUGCCUGUAACAUUUGGUGAUACACAGAACUGACACUGGUAUUGAAUUCACAGCUUAGAUUUCUUUAUCCUUGCAGAGCAGCAUCUGAAGUUUUCCAUGUAAAUCAGAGAGCAUGGUCUUAUUAUGGACCAUAUUCUUACAGAGGCUGAAUUUUUAUUGCCCCCCAUGGCACGGUCAGUAAGGAAUGUUUCAGAAUGUUGUCAUGCCUGAGAUGUCUUAACCAUUCCCCUUAUUGACUAUGGCGGAAAAAGAGGGCUGGUACUGAGUGAACUUAGUUGGUAGACUAAGUGAGUACUAGGUGUUUAUUCUGUAGCUGACUCCUGUCCCAAAACUCAUCCCGAUAGGGGGAACAGUCUGUCAGUGGGCUGGUUCUGUUGGGAUUUAUCUCUUUAAAUAAUUUGAUUGGGAGGUUAGGUGAGUUUAGGUGAAUUUCACUCUGAUUAUUGAUUUUGAUUAUUGAUUCAUUGGUUAUAUUGAUUAUAUAAGAUUGGUCUGGGCAGUGUUUGGCAUAAUACUGCUGUGCAUCCUAUGCAAGUAAAACUGGCUGAAGCCCUAAGGAGUUUAUUAGAACACUGAAGUUUUGAGCCCCAUUAAGUUAAUUUAACAAAAAAAUAUAUAUUUUGAUUAAAGAAUUCCCUGGGAUCUUGUUGCCUACUAAAAUCCUUAUGCAUUCAAAGUAAUUUUAAUAGCGUCUUGGUUAACUUCUCUGGUUUCAGAUUGAUUUAUAUUCAGUGCUGCAGGACCUUUUCAACAUGGGAGGCUGUCCUUACAAAAUUGGGGCUAUCACACCUUCAAGAGUGCAAGUAUAAAGGAAGGUAUGAUCUUUCUCUUUAUUCCCGUAGGCAUUUGCCCUUUCUCUUCUCAUGGAGGUAAUAAAAAUCUAGUCUCUGUAAGUGUUGGUCUGAUGUGAUGUGAGUGUCUACUAAUAUAUCCUGGUGUGAUCUGAUGGAGCACUCUGCUGAGAUGCCUGAAUUAAGAGAGAGAAUGGCAUCUUUAGGGCUGAAAGCAAUACAGCUCUAUUCCCUCUAGUCUGUGCUAAUGUGUCUUGACUAAUCUUGGCCCUGAAGCCAUGUCCCUUUGGAACUGUGCCACAGUGCUUAACCACCACCAUGCUUCAACUGGCACUGCCCUUUAGUCAGUACAGGUUGUACUUGUGAGCUGCUGCACUGAGCAACCACAUCCCUUUUCCAUAGCAAAGAAUAGAGAUAGUUUUAGGAGCAUUCCUUAUGGCUUUGCAAACAGCUGGAGGGGGCUUCCCUCUGCACCACCACCCAAAAAGCAAAGCCAACUCAUCUAGAGUGUGGGGAGCCUCUGGCACUGAUAGCAUCCCGGUAUUCCCAGGAGCUGGGGAGUGGAGUCAGAAUUCAAACCAGAAUUGGUCUGUGAAUUUGGAGGGAGCUCACCUGGAGCCAGCUUCUGUUCUGCCUUCCACCUAAAAUAGCCAUACUGAAGGCCGGAGUUAUUUUUCACUGCAAAUGGUGUGAUUGGUGCUGGUUUGUGCUUCCUGAAGUAUCCUCAGAGAACUCUUCUGGCAUCUGAAAUGGUAUCUUUAUGCUUAUUAGAAAUUUUGUCAUAAAUGGAUUGGGUUUAUGCUGUUAUACUCUGAUUUAACUGUAUUUUUUUUCUUCAGGAAAAUAUAAUAAAAAGGUACUAUUUUAAAUAC